CAACCCCCACUUCCGGACUCAGCCUCCGCCUACUUCCUGGCGCGCAAAAUUCAUUUCAGCGGCAGACGGACGAGUGUGAGGACCGAACUUUAAAGCUCCGGAGAAUCUUACAAAAAAGCUUACAGAAAACAAAAACUUACAGCGGGUGCUUGUAGGACAUGUAUGCCGAGAUUCUGCGUCGUUGUCGGCGUUGAGGUCCCGGUCUGGAGCCCAUUUCCGGAGCAAGGAUUCAGCGUCGGGGCUCUUUGGCGGGAGGAAAGCUUUGUCCUCGGCUGCUGUACAGGGGGAGACGGGCCUGUCGUGGCUGUGAACGGCCGGGUGAAGACUCUCUCUGCCGGCUAUUGAAGACGACGGCUCGGUCAAGAGACUACAACGUGUCGGAGGUGUGAAGGGAAAAUCUCAGGAUCAGACUCAGGAAUUCUCUUCCGGUCGUUCUCAGCCCAUUGUGCCGGAGGAUUUCACAGCGGCUUCACAUUUCUACACAUUCCAACCCCCGAGCUGGAAUAAGCAGAUAUCUCCCGUCUCGUCCAUCCAUUCCGUAAUCUUCCAAGCACCAUUUCUCACCCAAUGACUGGGACGGAGGCAUCGGAGUACGACUCAGAAACACUCUACUUUCCUGCGGGGCCUCGAGACGUGCAGCAGCUGAUGGGUAAUCCAGAAGAAGUUUCCCCUCAGUCAGGGGGGAGCUCCACUUUGAAGCAGGAGACUCCACAACCACCCUGCAUUAAAAAGGAAGAGGAGGAACUCUGCAUCACUCAGGAGGGAGAGUGUCUUCUAGGACGAGAGGAAGCUGAUUACACCAAGUUUCCACUGACUGUUGUCUCUGUGAAGACUGAAGAUGAUGAAGAGAAACCACAAGUAGACAACCUCUUAGCUCCACUAUCAGAUAGUGAGGCUGAAGACGAGGUUGAAGUAACUUUGAUCAGCGAUACAGACUGUGAAGGUGAUAUGAGGACUCAGACUGACAACAAACACUCUGAACGCUCUACAAAGACGACAGGUAAAACAUGUUUGAGCUGCUUAGUUUGUGCUGAAAGUUUUAUUUUAAAGGGCCAUUUGAAUCGACACAUGAAAACACACACAGGUGUAAAACCAUUUAAGUGUUCAGUUUGUGGCAAAGGAUUUUCUAAAAUGAGACGCUUAACUCUACACAUGAGAACACACACAGGUGAAAAAACAUUGAAAUGUUCCGUUUGUGGCAAAAGCUUUUCCAAAAGUAGCCAUUUGACUCAACACAUGAGAACACACACAGGUGAAAAACCAUAUAAGUGUUCAGUUUGUGGCAAAGGCUUUUCUCAAAGUGGCUCUUUGACUGGACACAUGAGAACACACACAGGUGAAAAACCAUUUAAUUGUUCAGUUUGUGACGAAAGCUUUUCUCAAAAUCAGCAAUUGAUUAAACACAUGAGAACACACACAGGUGAAAAACCAUUUAACUGUUCGAUUUGUGGGGAAAGCUUUUCUAUUAAGAAACGUUUGACUGAACACAUGAGAACACACACAGGUGAAAAACCAUUUAGUUGUUCAGUGUGCUGUAAAAGCUUCACACAUAAAGCAGACGCAGUAAAACACACAAGAACACACAAGGGAAAGAGAGGUAAAAAAUGUUGGAGUUGCUCAGUUUGUGCUGAAAAGUUUACUAAAAAGAGCCAUUUGACUCGACACAUGAGAACACACACUGGUGAAAAACCAUUUAGUUGUUCAGUUUGCGGCAAAAGCUUUUCUGAUAAAACCACUGUGAUUGACCACAUGAGAACACACACAGGUGAAAAACCAUAUAAGUGUUCAGUUUGUGACAAAAGCUUUUCUGUUAAGAGCAAUUUGACUGGACAUAUGAGAACACACACAGGAGAAAAACCAUUUAGUUGUCCAGUUUGUGGCAAAAGCUGUUCUCUUAGGUACACUUUGACUCAACACAUGAGAACACACACAGGGGAAAAACCAUAUAAGUGUUCAGUUUGCGGGAAAAGCUUUUCUGUUAAGAGUAGUUUGAAUCAACACAUGAGAACACACACAGGUGAAAAAACGUUUAAUUGUUCAGUUUGUGACAAGAGCUUUUCUCAAGAUAGCCAUUUGACUCAACACAUGAGAACACACACAGGUGAAAAACCAUUUAACUGUUCGAUAUGUGGCGAAAACUUUUCUAUUAAGAACCGUUUGACUGAACACAUGGGAACACACACAGGUGAAAAACCAUUUAGUUGUUCAGUGUGUUGUAAAAGGUUCACACAUAAAGCAGCCGCAGUAAGACACACGAGAACACACAAGGGAAAAUAAGCGAUUAGUUGUUUAAUUUGUGGUAUGUUGCUCAUAUGUGGCGACAUCCACCCUACCCAGGACCUCCUCACUGCUUCUUUCACAAAUAUCUGAGGUAUUCGUACACACUUUGAUUGUUUGAAGCAUAAUCUUAUCCACUCAUGACCCCAUGUCUUCUCUGUAUCUGAAACCUUCCUGAACAGUAAGAUAGAUGAUGCUUCAAGUGCUUGGUUACUCCUUCUUCAGUCCAGGGACCUGGGGCCUCAUGUGUCAAGUUUGUGCACGCUCAAAAACCUGCACUACACCCUUUUUCUCUGCAAAGUUGAGAUGUAUCAAAACUGACGUUAGGAUGCUGGGUAACUGUUUGCAUGAUAAACUGCCAACUUUUACUCCUCAGACUGAUUGAUGUGCAAAUCAGAGACAUAUGAACAAUUAACCCCCAACACCCACAACCCAACCCCCACCUCCCUCGACAUUCGGGCAUAACAGGUUCAAUCCGGCCCGCCAGAUGAGUUUGCGAAGUGUAAGAUUCAGCUGCAUUUUUAAUGAAAGAAACUGCUGUUCUAAUUGUGUCCACUGGAUGUCGCCAUAGCAAUUCUGUUAGGCAAGCAAAUAGCAUAGCAAGUAUACCAAGCAAGAGGUACACAGUAGUCUUUCUAGUAGUCUUUGCAGUCUUUCUAGUCCCUCUUGUGCGCCUCUCAGGUUUGCCUAUUUAUACCCUAGCCUUGUCUAGCGCCUUUAGUUAGCUUUUUGUUUCUUUGUUUUACUUCGUUUCUGAAGUAAAAUAUCCUAGCUUCGUCUAGCGUCCUUAUUUUUGUACUUUGUACCCCUGUUUGGUAUUUUUCCCAGCCUGUAUUGUUCCUAGCUUUGUCUAGCGCUUUCUGUUCUAUUUUUUUGGUUGUUUGAUAUAGUAGUUCUUCAUGGUGUGUUUUUGUAUUUCCACCAUCGCCUUUUGUUUUGUCUACGUCCCACUUCCACCAAAAUAAAGGAAGAACUUUAACAUACCAAAAU